AUUUUGCAUUUCCAGGGAAGAGACCUGUGUGUAAACAAUACAGAUCUCUCCCCUGUCAGCUCUUGCACACACCACUGCUUUGUAUGGCUCUGCAUAGCAGAGCCAUACAAAGCGGUGUGCUUACAGUGUAAAGCACACACACAGCACAUAGUAAAACAGCACAGAGUUAACACUUUGAUUGUCCCACAUGUUAAUCCCUUCCUGCCCAGUGCCAUUAGUACAGUGUCAGUGCUUCUUAUUAGCAUGGAUCACUGUAUUGGUGUCACUGGGGAUGUCAGUGACACCAAGUCAGUUCCCCCCAGUGUCAGAAUGCCCGCCGCAGUCCCGCUAUAA